CACGAGGGUGAGGGCGUGGUUACCUCACCCCAAUCCAACUCAUACUGUACUCUCUCUACCUUCCUUCUUCUGCUCGGACUGGAGGACGUACAGACUUUCGGCUCGAGACUCCAGACUCUCCGCUCUCUGGAUACUGAGUCGGGCUGAAGUUGCUGGUCGGUCAUGGCUCGUGAGGACACAUGGUUAAGAAGAGUGCGGGAGUUGUGAGAAGUCAGGAAUGCUUCCUCCUGCCGGGCCGGUCUGUGUGUGUGGGACUGGGAGUGGAUUUCAACGCCCUGUUCGCUGCUCCAGGUCCAGCCUGACCCAUGGAGGAUGGAGCGGCCAGCAGCCAAACACCAGCUGAGCUCAGUCCAGCGCUGAGGAAAGCGGGCGAGUUCAGAGUGUACAGAAGGCGAUGGUUCGUCCUGUGUGUACUCUGCCUGCUGAACUGCUCCAAUUCAGUGCAAUGGCUGACCUUUGCUCCUGUGGCGGAUCAAACAGCAGAGGACCUGCAAGUGUCUCUGGAUGAGGUCAACUGGCUCUCUGUCGUCUACAUGGUGGUGGCCAUCCCUAUCAGCUUCAUCACCACAUGGAUGCUGGAUACACUGGGAUUGCGGCUAACUAUGAUCCUGGGCUCCUGGCUCAACAUGGCUGGUAGUGCACUGCGGGUGGUCGGAGUGCUCAGCUAUGUCCCAGAGUGGUCCAUGUUCCCUGUGGUCAUGGCAGGGCAGUCUCUGUGUGCUCUGGCCCAGCCUCUGGUUAUCUUCUCCCCCACCAAACUGGCAGCACUCUGGUUUCCUGAGCACCAGCGUGCUACAGCUAACAUGAUCGCCUCAAUGUCAAAUCCCCUUGGACUGCUGAUUGCUAAUGUCUUCUCUCCCAUGAUCAUUAGCAACACCAACAGUCUUCUUACACUGCUCAUCAUAUACGCUACACCUGCCGCCGUAGUCUGUUUCCUAGCAACAGUGGGGAUCCGGGAGGGUGUUCCCCCAACGCCCCCCUCUGCCAGUGCAGAGACCUCCAGCUCAGAACCUUUCAUACAAGGCAUUAAACUGCUGAUGAAGAAUAAGGCCUAUCUAAUCCUGCUACUGUGUUUCGGCUCAGGCAUCGCCAUCUUCACCUGUUUCUCCACACUGCUGGAGCAGAUGCUCUGUGUCAAAGGCUACUCGAGCGAUUUCGCCGGACUGUGUGGAGCUCUCUUCAUCGUGUUCGGGGUGAUCGGUGCCGGCCUUCUUGGCCUUUUUGUGGACAAGACAAAGAAGUUCACAGAGGCCACCAAAAUAAACAUGUGCCUUACGUCUCUGACAUGCUCUGUGUUUGCAGUGGUUUCGCAGAUGCGGGAGCAGAAAGCUUUAGUCUGUGCAGUUUGUGCUCUCUUUGGCUUAUUUGGAUUCGCCAUUUAUCCAGUUGCCAUGGAGUUGUCUGUAGAAUGCUCCUAUCCAGUCGGAGAGGCAACAUCAGCUGGUCUGAUCUUUAUUUCAGGGCAGAUCCAGUCCAUCAUCUACAUUGUGCUACUGCAGGCUCUAACAAAGAGGAUGGCAGGUUCGCCGAUCUCCUUGUGUGCUACUGGUGGUGAUGCCAACUUAAGCUGGAAGGUGCCGGUGCUCGUGAUGGCAGGGCUGUGCUGUGUGGGUUCCUGCUGCUUCGUGAUCUUCUUCCACACCGAGUACCGACGACUCCAUGCAGAGGCCGACGCAGCCGCAGACGCCUCAGCACAGACGGGGUCAGAGCGCACACAGAGAUGAGACACAGACGCUGCUAACGCAUAGAGAUUUGACCUCGGACACAAAGCCACUGGACAAACAGCAAUACAGACCUCUGAGUCACUGUGUACUGUAAUGAUGCUUUUUGAAAAAUUCUUUUUAUGUCCCUGCUUGGCAUUUAAAACAUGCAGUAGUAUCAUGUUUACAGCCUGUUCUGGUUUUCACUUGUAUAUUAUGUUCUUAUUUUAGUUAUUGUUACUAAUUAUUUACAAACGAAGGCCUCAACAUUCCAAGAGAUAUGUUAAUGUGCUGUAAAUCUUUAAUUGUAACACUUUUGUAAACUAACAUUUUAAAUAACUUAUUUUUUGAGCAAUUUAAAUAAUAAUAAUAAUAAUAAUAGGAAAAUACUGAUUCUGAACCAGCCCUGCUAAGCUUUGUAAUGCCAUUUACACACCAGCAUUUUUGUGCAAUGAUAUACAUUAGGGUACAUUAUCAAUUUAUGCUGCUUCUCUCUUUAGUCAUUCCACAGGCAGCACUACCCAUAUACCUAAAAGAAAUUACAAUCCUGGUACUGCAUGAGCAACAUAUCCAAUAAAAUCUACAGGCAUGUAUAAGCCAAGUUUCAAAUGUGUAACAAUGUUGAAGCUGGAUUACUAGCUGUAAAAGUAAUUGUGAUAUCCACUCAGUCACUUAAUUAUGCACUAUUCUUUUAAAGACACACUAGUUCUGCAUCUAAUCAUUCUAUUGAUUUAUAAGAAUUGACAACAAAUGUGAUACUUGUACAAUAUAUCAAUGAGUUUGUUCCAAAGAUAGAUUUGUUUUUAGAACUAACUUCAUUAAAAAUAAAUUAGCUGUCACAGUA